CCCAAUGACACAGUUAACUAUACCGAAAACCAGCUCGAUGCAGUAAUCAUCGAUGACGAUCGUUUAUACGAGCACAAGACUCUCCGUAUCAACUACACAACAUAUGAUAUUCGUCGAGAGCAAGAUUCUGUCAACCCCCGCUCAUCUAGAGCUGAUAUUAUGGUCCUUUCACAAGACACCCCUGGCGACACUGAUUCUCACCCAUACUGGUAUGCUCGUAUCAUGUAUAUCUUUCACGUUAAUGUCCACUUUGACCGCGAGGAUCGCUCUAAGCGGUGCCAAAUGGACAUUGUACUCGUCCGUUGGCUUCGGAAGGACUCAAGUUAUCCAAGCGGCUUUGAGGCUCGCCGCCCUCACUGUGUUUCCUUCUUUCCUCUCGGCAUGUCAGCAUGCUGGGAUUUUAUUGAUCCUAGCACGAUUGUUCGAGGCGUCCACUUGUUACCUGUAUUUGAUGCAGACCAGAUUCCCAGUCCCUCAGUCCCUUCAUCCGCAUCUCGGUUGCACUUCGGCACAAGUAAAACCACUCCCAUUGAUGAAUAUGCUCGUUAUUACAUUGGAGUGUAA